AAUAUAGACCUAAUACCAGCAACCACCUUGGCACAUCUGUUAAGGGAUCCAGCCAUACUUUUCACAUGUUCAAGAAAUAUACAUUUCCCAGAGGAUUUUAAGCAGAGGAAUAAAGUCCAGGAUAUCAGUUACAUUCAAGGACAUGUAUCAUUGUUCAGCUUUCCUAUGCUGUUUUGACAUAAAGCUGCAUUUCGGUUGAUUUUCCUGCUAUUGUAAUUUUGAAAAAAAUAGUAUCUUCCAGACUUAGGUAAAGCGUCAGGAGAAAACUGCAGGGAGAGAUCAGCUAGUGUAGAGGCAGUGUCCAAACUGAUUAUACCAGACUGAGCUGUCUCAAAAAACACUUGACUUUUCUGUGUAGACCAGUAAGGUCAUGGUUUCCAUCAUAUUAAAAUAUAACAUAAUGCUCACAUGUUCUAAACUAUAUUUUAAGAAGUAUUUGCAUUGAUUUCUGUAAAUAAAUAUUGUGUAAUUGGAUGGCAGUAUAUCAUGCACAGAGUCAGAAAGCAGUCUGAAAUAAUUUUAGGUCUUCUGUCUCAGUGUCUCUAAUACAGAUUUUGCUAGAGGUAUUAUGAAAGUUUACUGCAGUAUGACAGCCUAGAAACUUAUUUAUAUGCAUAAGUAUUGUUUAAAAAGAUGUUUGUUUUGGUUUAUUUGAUCCUUAAACGUGUUUUCAGAUGGGUGUGUGGUUGUCCUAAAAUUGUUUCAAAUUGACAGUGUUUCUUCAGAGGUGACACAGAGGUUGUCUUGUUGUAGCUCUUAUAUUUGUCACCAUGAAGUAAAGAGUUCCUGAUCUGUGUCUCAAAUGUAAGCAAAUGUUUCAAGGAGAACACAGGAGGUCUGGAGGGAUGAGAGUGUGUGUUCAGUUUACUCAGUGGAACUUCACUAACACAGUUGUUACAAAUGUGGCUCUGUGUCACUGGUCCCAGGAUGCAAACAUGGCUUUCACCUGAAAGGGGGCUGUGCCUGUUUGCUUUGGAGCAAAUGUUUGCACAUAAGUUGUCACUGAGAUCCUCUGCUAUCCUGAAAAUCUUUCAAGAUUGCUGGAUUUUCCCCAGGCAGGGAGGUGUACUGUACCUCUUAAUACAUCCCUACACUGUCACCACCAGCUCUAUAUAAUAUUUCCAAAUGAAUACAAUGGGAAUUGCUGAAAGCAAAAGAAGGACAAUCAUCAAAAGAUUCAUAAAGUGUGGAACUUGUCAAAAUAAGUUGUGGAUGCUUAAAUUUUACAUAGGUAUAAGGGGAGACAUAUAUGAGAUAUAGAUAUGUCAUAUAUGAGAGAGACUUUUUAACCAGAAACUAUGUUCAGGGUAGGAAAUUACUGAGCUAAAAAUGCUUAAGGCUGGGGAAAAUCAUCUGUCUUGUCCCAUUCUUUUGCUUUUCUAAGUAUCCAUUUAUGGCUCCUGUUUUAUUUGGUUGCAUUGUGUUUGGGGCAUGGUGUUGUCUUAAAACAGUUUUUCCAGUGACUGGGUGAGGUGGUACACCUUUGGUAUCCAGCACUUUGUUCCUCUUCACCAGUCACUCACUUGCUCUAGAGCUUCUCUAAAAGAGCCUUCACAAUUUCUUUGCCUUAUGCCAGGUGACAGGGAGGACUUGUCUGAACCAGUGACAGACACCCUCAGCUCUCAGCAGUGGUGUGGUUUCUGUUCAUAGGGAGUUUGGUAACUGGAGCAGAUGGUUUCCCUUUCAGAGUCUACUUGAAACAUUCACAUUUUGGGUUUUAUGUGUUUCUGAAGACAAACUAGGAACAAACCAACAUUCCUUAAUGGAAAGUGGAAACAGGAUAUGAAGCACAGGCUGCUUUUUAAGCUUAGACACAUUCAAAUCAUACCUUGAGUGUUUUAAAAUGCUACCUUGUGUGAUCUGUGCAAAACGGUAGUGUAACAUAACUUGUGAAGGUUGCUACUUGAUCAAGUGAGAUUUCACAGCAUGCUAGAGGAAGUAGCAUUGCUCUAGUAGUUUUAACACACUUUUAACAUUUAUUACAAUAGAAGAUAGCUUUGUUGGCAGUGAGGUAGCAGUAAUCCCACAUUUCAUGGAAAACCAGAUCCUUAAACUUAUUCCUGAUAAAAUUUUUGUGGAACCCAUAUCAGUUCACUUCAUUCUGCAGGUAAUGAACAUUUGUAUUAACACUUGAGGAGGUGGAGCAAGAACCUGAAUGAGCUGCUGGGAGUCGGAGGAAGGAGCAAAAGUCCCUUCCAAAAGGAAGCAAAAUACAUCCAUAGUAACUUCAGACCUUUUGCACAAGAACCUUCUGAAAUCAGAGCAAAAAAACUGGAAUAACAUUUCACCAACAUACAAAGUUAUGACAAAGAGGAUCAAAGAAAAACUGAAAGAAUUGCACAACAUGUAUACACUCAAUUCAAGAAGCCCAAGGAUAAGGUUUGGAGAGAAUGUGUACUUUGAAGAGAAUGGCUGCAUAUUUCUUGCAAAAGCAGAUGAUGAUGAGGGAAAUGCUAAGAUUUUAUUCAGUGUUGAAGAUCUUGGCUUUUCUGAUGCCUUUAUUCAACGGAUCAGAAUUUCACCAGAUCAGAGAUACAUGGCCAUCAGCUUAAAAAGUGAAAAUUCUGAAGAGGCAACCUGCAUUAUUAUGAAACUUGGUAAUCUUCCUGUAGUGGAAAAAGUAAUUCCAAGUGUAUUUAGCUUUGAAUGGGCUGCAAAUGAUGUUCUGUAUUACACAGUUCAGAAGAACCUUAAAUGCCAGAAUGUAUUCAUGACCACUUUCCCUUACCAGGAACAUACUAAGUUAGUUUAUACAGAACAAGAUGCAAGAUUCUUUGUAGACCUUUAUUGCACAAAAGACAGGCGUUUUCUCACUAUCAACAGCAACAGCAAGACAACCUCAGAAGUUUGGCUGGUUGACUGCAGACAUCCCUUUGAGUCACCUGCUCUUGUACAAGCACGAACCACGGGGCUCAUUUACCACAUUGAGCACAGGAAGGACCUGUUGUACAUUCUUACUACAUAUGGAGAACCUGCAGAAUAUAAGUUGAUGAAGGCACCAGUAGCUUCCAGUGGCAAGGAGAACUGGCAGUUAGUUUAUGCACCAGAAAGGAAAACCAAGCUAGUAGACUUUGAGAUGUUCAGUGAUGACUGUAUUAUGUUCCUGAAGAAUGCUGGUCAUCUUUACUUAAAUGUGAUUUCAUUUAUUUCACACUCAGUUCAGUCAAUAAAGCUGCCUACGUGGGCCUGUGAAUUUGAAUUGGAAUCUCAUCCUGAACAUACCACCAGCACCUGCUAUUUUCAGCUCUCCUCCCCAGUACACCCCCCUAAGCGUUUUGCAUAUUCAUUUAAAGAAAAUAAUCUCAUUGAGCAAGCUGUGCAAGAGGUACCAAUUAUUAGGAAUUGUCACACUACACGUUUACUAGCUAAAAGCAAGGAUGAAACUUUGGUGCCAAUUACAGUUUUUCAUAAUAAGAAUUCUAAAGAACUACACAGGAGACCACUUCUAGUUCAUGUAUAUGGAGCUUAUGGCAUAGAUUUGAACAUGAGCUUUAAAGAAGAGAAGCUGAUGUUAAUUGAAGAGGGUUGGAUAUUAGCAUAUUGCCAUGUUAGGGGUGGAGGAGAGCAGGGCCUUAGCUGGCACAGAGAUGGAUGUCAGCAUAAUAAACUCAAAGGUCUCCAUGACCUCAGGGCUUGCAUCAUGCUGCUGCACCAAGUGGGAUUUUCUCAGCCCAAACACACAGCACUGGCAGCUGCCAGUGCUGGGGGAGUUCUUGCAGGAGCCCUGUGCAACACUGACCCAGCCCUGAUCAGAGCCAUGGUUUUACAGGCUCCUUUCGUAGAUAUUCUAAAUACAAUGAUGAAAACUCAUCUCCCACUGACCAUUGAGGAACAAGAAGAAUGGGGAAAUCCACUAGAAGAUGAAAAAUGUAUGAAGUAUAUCAAAAGCUAUUGCCCAUACCAGAAUAUUAAGCCACAGUGCUAUCCAUCAGUUUUUAUCACGGCGUAUGAAAAUGAUGAACGGGUACCACUGACAGGAAUUUUACAGUAUGUUCAGAAACUCAGGAAGGCUGCACUAGAUCAUGCCAGCAGAACAAGUAAGAAAGGAAAUUGGAUUCCUAAUAUCAUCCUAGAUGUCCAGGCAAAUGGCAGUCAUUGUGAUUCAUCCUGGGAGCACUCACUGAAUGAGGUUGCAAGACACCUUGCUUUUCUGAACAGAGAACUUGAGGAAGUGUUCCAUCCCCAACAUCACAGAAAAUCCUGCAAAUAACUCCCAAACACACUGACCACCUGAGAAACUUUGGAUCAGAUUUGGAUUUGUAUGGAAAGCAAACACCUUCUCCAGAGAAUCUCUCCUCUCGGAUCCCUGCUUUAUGGGCACAAGCACACAAAGCUGGGUGUGGCACUGCCUUACAAAAAUACAGACUGAGAACUGGAUUUCUGCCCUGCCAGGCUGUGCAGCAGCAGCUGCCAGCAGAACUUUGUCCAGCAGCUCUGUUCAGGUGAGCCAGCAAAACAGUGCUACACGAGCAGAGCCAGAGCACACAGAGCCCCACAGGAGAGCCACGGGCACUUGGCACAGGCAGCCUUCCCUGUCCAAGGCAUCUCUUGCAAGGCACAUCUUACACAAGGCAGCAGAACUCCUCCAAAGCAUCUGACAUUCAAGUCUCACUACUUCCAGGAUUAAUUCCCAUACAAAGGUGAUGGGGAUUGCUGCCCUCUCUAUCUGCACAGCAGCCAUGGUGUACUGAUCAUGGGGUGGGACUGACCAAACUGCAAAGAAAAGCAUUCUCAAGAAUUUUAGCAGAACUCUGCUCUGAACACAUUAAAAAUAUUUCAGUUACCUUACCUAGCAUGGUAAUCUUAAGAAGGAGUUGUCAAAUCCCUUGGGAGAACAAGAUCAAUGUGUCAGAAGAAGAGUCUCUCCAGAGGGUAAAUCAAAAAGAAUGCCACUAAAGCAGCCUGAUUUAUAGCUUAGCUGCCCUCUGAGCAAGGCACUAAUCUGCUGUGCCUUGCUUGUUAAAAGAGGUGUGUGGUGCACACCUAGGGCCACAUCAACUGCUGCAGGUGCAGCAGGCACAAGUCAGAGCACGUGUACAAGUGUGACAUUCAGUAGGGUUGGUUCAGCUGCUUCCUCUGGACCAAAGUACACACCCCUCACCUCAGCCUUGGGACAGGAAAAGAAAUAAGAGAAUGCAAAUGUAUUCUCACUCAGCAGGGAGGGGGAGAAUCAACUGGAAAUGCAAUUAUGAGUGUGGAAUUAGAUAUUAGCUACAUUUUGUUCUUUUUCUUACUAACUUUGAGGAUAAUCAGAGUUAUUAGAUUUGAGAGAAGAGGUGAAACAUCACAACAAUAUACACUAGUCCUGCUUGUGUUCACCUGUUUUAGCAAAUAUAGGGCCGCCCCUUUGGAAUAAUUGUUACAAAUCUGCAGAAUUCUAAAAAGUUACAGUGAACUGCCAUAGGCUUGGGAUUCCACAGGAGCACUUACAGACCAGCCACCUCCAGGGUCAGCACCCAGAAAGCAACUGUUCUCUCUCCUCCCAAAAAUACAUGCCCAAACAGGACAGUUUUUAGCAUAGGUUUACUUUUCUUCUCCACAGAUCCUACGGGGGAGUUUAUACCAUUCUUUUUCCUUUUCAUCACAAAUACAGAUACAAGACAAUUAUGUAGAUGAUUUUUCAGGACAUUUAUUUAGUAUACAAAUAAAGUUUUAAAAGCCAAAGAAAAUGGCGUAUUUUUAGCAUUUCCCUGAAGCUAAUAUCCUCUAAAUUAACAGG